CUUGGCCACUCGGCGGAUGUGCCCCCAGAUCCAAGAAUAGUCACGCGUUGAGUUGUCCCGUCGCACCGCGAAGGCACGCCGAGUCGCCAUCGAUUGCACUGAAGCCCCUCUGUGAGCAGAGAGGCAUCCUCCACCGCCUGAUGCUGCGUGACCUGCGACCGAAGUCGAAGGACGCACCGCAUCGGAUCCCCACUGAGCAUAAGACAUGCCGGAGCAGUCAAAGCCGCGUGUGGGACUGCACGAGAAAAGACGAGGCCGAUGUUGGAAGAAAGCCGAAGAGUAUUGGACCCGGAGUGCUUGGAGACAAGCUUGACACCCAUCUUCGCCGGACUUCACUGCUGAGCAACGAGAGCCUUCAAGUUUCGGCGGCUAUCGAUCUCGAUCCCAAGAUUGCCAGAGGUGGGACAGCACGACCUGUGCACCCGAAGGAGCAGGCAGAGAGCGUGAGGCCUGACGCGCUUGUAGAUGAGGAGGGCAUUCCAAUCUCCCCCCUGCGACCGAAGAAUGAAGCUGCAAGAGCCCUGUACCGCGGUACGAGCAGGGAAAUGCCAACACGACGAUGCUCCAGUCUCCGGCACAAAGCGCGUAACGAGGGGGAAGAACAGGAGGAUGGAGCAGAGAAGCCUCGCCUAUGAUUCGCCUCUUCCUUUAACCCUCCCAACUCCCUCCGGAAGAAGAGAGCCGGCACGGGCUGGCAUCUUGAGCGGCGGCACGAAAGGCUUUCCCUCACUCUCUAAUCCUCUUAUUCCUCUCCGCCCCACGCUGUGCCGUCCUUGACGUAGAGAGCAUGGACGCGUCGACGAUGCCUUGCUCACAUCCACGAGAGCUCCUGUGACCUCGAUCCUCGAACCGCAUAAGUGGGGGGAGAGACUUUCUGUU